CGAUGUCCGUGCUCUCUCUAAUCCUCAAACCGCUAGCAUAUCUCGGUUUACCUGUCUUCCUCCUACACACUGCAUCCCGAUCCUCUCCAGUCGCCCGAUAUUAUGUCCGCCUCACACUCUACCUCUCUACCAUCGGUCUGUGCUCUGCAUGGGGCGCCGUUGUAUCCUUCGCAAUGGCCCUCGCUGGCCAAAGAUUCAAUGUGAAUUGGGUCAUUGCACGGACAUUCUAUGCCGUUGCGAGUCGGGUGAUGGACAUCAAGAUAUCGGUAGAGGGAGAGGAACAUCUCGAUACGAGACCAGCAGUGCUUGUGGGUAAUCAUCAAAGUAUGCUGGAUAUCCUUUAUCUUGGAAGGAUAUUCCCCCUCCGAGCCUCCAUCAUGGCCAAGAAAGAGCUUCAAUGGAUGCCUCUUCUUGGUCAAUACCUCACCGCAUCAGGCGCCGUCUUCGUCGACCGCGGAAACAACGCCAAAGCCGUUCGCUCACUCGCUGCAGCCGGCGAAUCCAUGCACGCACGCACUACUUCACUUUGGCUCUUCCCCGAGGGCACUCGCUCAAUGCGCCCGUACCAUGACAUGUUGCCAUUCAAGAAGGGCGCCUUCCAUCUCGCAGUGCAGGCCGGUGUACCGAUCGUACCCGUUGUAUGUGAGAACUACUGGAGGCUGUAUAGGAAGAAUGUGUUUGAGAGCGGGACGUUGAAGCUCAGAGUAUUGCCACCCAUCCCAACAGCUGGUCUCACUGUCGCAGACGUGGCCGACCUAACGAUACGUGUCCGCGAACAAAUGAUCGCUGCCCUCCGAGAAAUCUCAGACCCCAACGCCCCACCUCCACCUCCCACUUCUGCACCUUCAACGUCUAAAUCCGCAUCCCCGUCACCCACACCAGCACCCCAGACAGAAGCAGACCUGAAAGUCGACUCACGUGCCCCGCCUUCACAAUCCCCCGCUGAAGCUACUUCAGCUAUCUUGGAACCAGAGGCCACUGAAGCUGCUGCUGCUGCUGUACAGGCCACGGAGAGGCCAAGCGAGAAGGAAGUUCUGGAACCGAGUCCUUCAGAGACUUCUUCGCGUCCGAGUUCAGAGGCGGAGGAGGCGGAGAUGUCGAGGAGGAGGGAGAGCAGUGAGAAUGGGACGGAGACAGAGGAGGAUGAGGGGAUGGUCUUGGUUGGGAGGCCGUCAUAGUUCGGAGGACUGGUCUGAUUGGUGAGAGAAGUGAUGGCGCGGUGAGCGUCGAGGGUCAGACGAUUUAUCUGUAAAGGAGGUAAUAUGGAUUUUUUUACUGCUCAUGUACCCGGGAUACCUGACUAAAUGCUUAUCAUAAUGAUAAUAUGAGACGCC